UCGGUUCCUAUCAAAGUUAUGAAAUACAAAUUGGAUGACCAGCUAAAAUCAAGUCAAUUAGGUUGGUUUUGAGAGCCCAAAUUUUCAAAUACAAUUGGGUCGUCCAAUUUCGGUUGAUAUCAGACAGUUUCUCUAACCAUAAAACCCAACACAACUUUCAGCCCAUUCAUUUCGCGGGAAUUUCACAAGAGGCGGUUACACUUCCAACGUUGAUCAUAUCAUUUCCUCAUUUCACAACGACGUCGUCAAAUUCAAUCGAAACAACAUCAAAACCAUCUGGUGAAUUAAAUUAAAAAGUUCAAAAAAAAAAAAAAAAAAAAAAAACUUCCACAAAAAACCACCAUUAACGUACUGACAAAUUUACCCACUUUCUCUCUCUUCUUCGAAAAGGGUUUUUGUAGGGGUUUUAUCUCUUCCAAUUUCAAUUAUCAAACCCAUCUCAUAAAAAAGUUUCCAACUUUGGGGCAGAAUUGAAAUGGGUUCUUUGAAUAAUGGGGAGGAGAGAGAAAGAGAGGUUGAAUUUGGUGAUGAAGAAGAUGAACCCAUUUUAAUGGAACAAUCUGAAAGGUUCUGUAUGUUUCCUGUUCGUUAUAAUCAACUUUGGGAGAUGUAUAAGAAAGCUGUUGCUAGUUUUUGGACUGCUGAGGAGGUUGAUCUCUCCUCUGACGUGCAGCAAUGGGACUCUUUAUCGGAUUCAGAGAGACAUUUUAUAACUCAUGUACUGGCCUUUUUUGCUGCGUCUGAUGGGAUUGUUUUGGAGAACCUUGCUGCAAGAUUUUUAAAUGAUGUAAAAAUUGCAGAGGCUCGAGCUUUCUAUGGAUUUCAAAUUGCAAUGGAGAAUAUACAUUCUGAGAUGUACAGUUUGUUGUUGGAGACAUAUAUUAGGGAUUCUAAAGAGAAGAACCACUUGUUCAAUGCCAUUGAGACAAUUCCAUGUAUAAAGAAGAAGGCAAACUGGGCUUUAAAUUGGAUUCAGAGUACAAAUUCUUUUGCAGAAAGAAUUGUUGCAUUUGCUUGUGUUGAAGGGAUCUUCUUUUCAGGAAGCUUUUGUGCCAUAUUUUGGCUUAAAAAGAGAGGCAUGAUGCCUGGUUUAACUUACUCGAACGAGCUUAUAUCAAGAGAUGAAGGCCUACACUGUGAUUUUGCCUGUCUUCUGUACAGUUUGCUGCAUAAGAAAUUGCAGCCAGAGACAGUUGAAAAGAUUGUGCAUGAAGCUGUUGAAAUUGAGACAGAGUUUGUAUGUGACGCACUUCCGUGUGAUUUGAUUGGCAUGAAUGCUGUGCUCAUGAGGCAGUACAUAAAAUUUGUUGCUGAUCGACUUCUGGUGUCAUUGGGGUGCCAAAAGAAAUACAAUGUGGCAAACCCUUUCGAUUGGAUGGAGUUCAUAUCACUAACGGGAAAGGCGAACUUCUUUGAGAGAAGGGUAGGUGAGUAUCAGAAGGCAUCUGUGAUGUCUAAUCUAAUGGAUGGUAACAAGAACUUUGUGUUCAAGCUGGAUGAAGAUUUUUAGUGUUGAUUCGUUUGAUAUUGGGAAAGAGUGAUCCAAUUUGUUUGGGUAUAUUCUUUUUUGUUUAUAGUAGUGGAACAUUUGCUGUAUGUUAGUCUGGAGUAGCCUUAUAUUAGAAGACAAGGUAUCUGUAUUUUUAUUUAUACUUUUUAGAUGUGUAAACCUUUUGAUAUAAAUAUGUUAUUUAUGUUUUACAAUACUAUUUGUAUAAUGAGUUUGGUAUGA